AAAUAAAGAAGGAUGUCCAUCGUAACUAGAUUUGCUUCUUAUUUUAUUAAGAGUAGAGUCAUUAAUUAUUCAUGUAUGUAUUAGUAGAGAUCAAUUAUUCAAUAGUAUAAGUGGAUAGAAUAAUGACUGAGAUGUGUAAGGCUGGAUUUUAAGACCCUGAAGAAGGAUUCUUAGAAAGAGAUCCUAUGACAUACUAUGAAUGCAGAUUUUAUUCUCAUAUUGCUAGAAAUUGGACACCUAGAUUAGAAUCAUUGUAAUUAGAUAUAUCAUUUAGUUAGUGAAGUGAACUAAUAUGAAUUGGCAAAAUAGAAAUUUAUUCAAUUUGAGAAUUUAUACUCAUUCAUUCUUUAAUUGCAUAGAUUAACAUGGGAAUAUAGAUCUCUAUAUUUGGAAUUGACUAAAGAAAUUGCCACUCAUAACACUUGGUUUAGAAGUGAAAAUACAACGCUUACAUAUGAACAUCAUUUAGAAGAAGCUAUUAAUAAAUAUAUUAAUCUCUUAGAUCAAUUAAAAGAGUAUCCUUUAUGGUAAGAGAGAAUUAAAGAAGAAAUUGGAUAUUAUUUACAUCUUAUUUACAACUCUACAACACAUUCAAGUUAAAGUAAAGAAUUAUUUGCUAAAUUUGUAUAUCUUUCAUUUUAUUUUUAGGAUAAAUUAUAUUUCUUCAAAUGAUAGCAAUCCAAUGAAAUAUAUGUUAGUAUUUAC